AUGGCUGUUCCCAACACCUAUGGCGUGAUCUUUGCUUGCAUCUGUGGGGUGAUUAUGGGCAUUGGGCUGUGCGCCAACCUGCUGGUCUUCUCCUUGUUUGCUAAGAACAACACAUUACGUAAGAAUCGCCUGGACAUCCUCCUCCUGAGCAUGACUCUAGCCGACUUCCUGACCCUCCUACUCAUUCCCCUGACCCUCCACUCAGCUGUGAGUUACUCUUGGCCUCUCGGUGAAACCUCUUGCAAGGUCUAUCAGUUCCUGCUUGCGUUCAGCCUGGCAGCCAGCACGUACUCCCUGUGUGCCGUGUCCAUGACUCGAGCCAUGAUCAUCACAAACCCCUACCAGCCGCCCACCAUGGAUCUGGUAAUCCUCAUGUUUGUUUUGGUCUGGGGCCUGAGUUUCUUCGUCAGCUUGCCUCUGCGAAUGUUUGCCACCAAGGAAAGUCUGAACCCCAGCCUGGCAAACUUCAGCUUUUGCCUUCCAACCAUUCAUGAGCACCACUACCAAGUGGUCCUAAGCCAGUUUGUACUUUACUACUUUGUUCCAAUGCUCGUCAUCGCCUUCAACUAUGUGCGCCUGGCAGUGUUUCUCCACAAGAGCCCUGUAAUGUCAUUGUCCAGUGCCAGGAACACUCGCAGAGCUUCUGUCAUGGUGUUUUUGGCAGCGUCUACCUUCUCAGUGUGCUGGCUGCCUGGUUAUGUGCUGGAGCUGUGUGUGUACCUGGGCCUGUAUCGGCAGGGGCAUGCUUGGGAUAUGUUCUACUUUAUUUGCACUAUGCUGCAGUACCUGCACCCCAGCAUCAACCCCGUGCUGUAUGUGCUGCUGUCUAAGCGUUAUCGCCACAGGAGGGCGGCCUGGCUCUUCGGCUGCAGGAACAGAGUGCAGCCACAGGUCACCAGCGUGGCCACCGACAGCCUCUGA